UCUUUCCUUGGCAAUGAGUUCAAUUACAGAUCACCAAAUCAGUCUUCAUAGUGGUUGAUCACUGGCUUUCAGUGCAUCUGCGGUUCUAUUAUUUAGUUCUUACAUGCUACAAGCAUGGAUUCCACGCCAGAGGUUAGACUGGUUUCAGCACUGGAGGAAGCUCCUUCCAAGGAAGAGAGAACCCUGCCUGCAAGGCAUCAAGGACAGCAACCAAAGAAAUCACACCACCCAACCACUGCGGGGCAGAAGCGGAUGGGCCUCUUCAGAAACAUUGCCAGCAUCCAGUGCAAGUCGUUUCUUUGCUCUGCUCUUCACUACUAUUCUACCAACACUGCACUGCUGGAGCAGCCAGCCUCCACUUGCUGUCGUGAUGAUGGGUGUGACCAGAGCUUGGAGAAAUGGCGCACCAUGCUUGCUGGUGAGAUUAUGGCCAACUUUCAAGCUCAACGAAAAAUUCAGCAAACCCCCAAGCAACCAAGUUCAAGAAAAGUGAAACCAGUUGUCCAAGUUGUUCAUGGCGGUAAGGCAUCAGGCAAAACCAGGGUUGCUCAGCAGCUUGUGCACGAGGACAGUUGCCGGGAUCUACCCAGGUACUCUCGUGUACUGUGGAUACGCGCCUCGUCGCGACAUCACCUCACUCGCUCCUGGAGAAACCUAGCGAUCUCCUUGGGACUGCUGCCAAGAGCCUCUCAAUACCCACUUGCCUUCUUGGGUCCUCUGCUGAAUGGAACGUUGAAACUGACUAGCACACGGUGGUUGCUCGUUCUUACUGGCUUGGAACAUGUGUCAUUACUUGCUCAAUCGCAGUACAAUCUACCCGUGAGAGGAUGCCACUGUGAUGUGCUCAUCCUCACCACCGAUUUCUCCGCCGAUCUAUCUCCAAUAGGCAGGGACUUCCACACAAUAGAUGGGCCAACAGUGAAGCAACUGCCACCUGAGCAAGCCCAUGCCGUCAUCACCCACAACUUCCCGUUGCACAAGCACAAGGCCAGAGUGACUGCAACAGGCAUGCCUGUACAUGUAUCUGCUGCUCGCCCACCCCCAGUCGAGGACCCAGGUGACCACGACAGGGCCUGCGUGCAAGAAGACCAUCGAGCCGCGUUGCAUGACAUCAUGUGUCUGACACAGGGACACCCCCUGUGCUUGGCCAUGCUGACUCGAUGCGUGACGGUGGCACCAGCCAUGGGUGUGGACAUGGCCGGGCUCAUGAGGAAGCAUGCAGACGCUAUCGACACACCCGUGCAAGAGCAAGCCUCCUGCGUCAGCGGUAGAAUCACGGACAGUUCUGCAUCUGACCGAUUGCCACUUGCUGCCAUAAUUGGCUUAGUACUGAAGUGCUUGACACCUGCUGCCAUGGAUCUGCUGGUGCUGGCUGCAGCCUUGGGAGGCAACCAGGUGCCCCUCCUUCUCAUUCUACUGCAGCCAUUGGAGACCCUGCCCAGGCAUCUUCAGAAUGCGCUGGGCACAAGCUGGCACGAUGUACUGAAUGCCCGAGGCAUGCCUAGCAACCAGCGCAGCAUCAAGCAGCUCGGCCAGUGCUCUCGGAGGCUUCUAGACCUGGUCCAUGAGCUGGAAGCAAUGCACACGGCAACACUGCACACAGGACUUCAGCAACAGGAUGCUGAAACACCGGAACUCACCGCUGUUUCCGUGCAAGCAACUGUCCGGUAUGCUGUGCUGGAGCACUUCCAAGGCAGCGACUCAUGCCUUCCGUCCUUCCUGACCUUGGCCAUGGACAUUCUCCUAAAGGCAGAUAGCCAAUGCUGCAUAUCAUCACGGCUAGAUGUGCUUCUGCCGCUCAGCAUGACAUUCCUGGAGGUGCCUGAUUUGAACCGGGCUCAUGCGUCUAGCUUUGUGCAGAGCGGCAAUCCAACUGGCCUGCUACAAAUGCUGCCAAGAGAGGCAAGGCACUCCCUGGGCAUGCUGGCUAACCAAUGCAUGUUGCUGUUUGCAAGCUACCCGCAACUCAUGGAACAGGAGCAGAAGCUGACAAGCCUGCUCUAUAUACUUGACUUGCUGCAAGGUGAUGCCAGCCCACAAGCCGAACAGGCAAGGAACCUGCUGGAAAAACGAUGCCGCGUGGUCUUGAACAAACAACCACGUAGCACCAGAGCCCAGCAUGCGGACAAACUUCUUCGACAACUUCCAAAGAAAAUAGCUGUCACCGUGUUCCCACCCCUCUUGCAAUUCGGCGCCCACUACACAGCACAACGCUUCCAAGUUCACACAAGUAGCUCCGCCGGCAUGCGUCAUAGACCAAUGGAUGCCGCCGCUGCUCUCUGCAUCAAUCCAUCCGCAUUCGAACCAUGGUUGGCUAGCAUUGCUGGGCUGUUCAGCAAAAAGAAGCUUGAACGACUGCGUUUACUUUUCCAGGAUAUAAUUGCUGGCUUUCUCCUACUGCUGGAGCUGUUACCAAAGAGAAUCACAGCCUUGCAACAGGGAAGGACACCGACCAAAGCCAGGGAGCUUAGUGAGUUCCAGAAGCGAUUUGACCCCAUGUGUAACGAGAUAAUGGACUUACUCCAACAUGCCGUGUGCAAAUCGGCAGGAUUCAAAGACAUACCACUGCCGAGCAGAUCGACGAAGACAGCAGCAGCAGCUGCUGACAAAUGGGAGCCAAUGGUCACAUGGCAAGAAAGCAGAAGCGCAAGCACGUUCACAAGUAGACCCACUCCUAAAGGGCGCAGAGGUCUGAACCGGCGCACUGCCAGUGGUCUGCCAAUAGCACAGAAGCUGGCACGGUUUGCCCACGACUGCUGCGCACGGACCGGCGCUCACGAGAUACAAACAGCGGUUGCUACUCUCCUGGGUCUACAUGCGCUGGCUUUGCUGGUUGGUGGAGACCACGCCGGUGUGAUGCGGGAAACGGAGCGAUCGCUCUGCGUCAACAGGUUUUCCCGCGACGACAAUUCACAGACGAUUCAAACCGGUCUCUUCAUGCUAUCCCUGUUGAAAACAACCUCCUGCAUCGGAGCAGAACAUCCACCGCUCACCUUGUGUGAUGCGCUUGAUUGAGGCAUGUCCUCUCCGACUCUUCUUCAAGUGGUUCACGGACUUGUCUUCUGUCUUACUUGUAAACGCAUAUGCUGCAACUGUGUGCAAAUAGGAGUUGGCUCAUGCCACAGUGAAGUCCAAACGUCACACCAUAUUGAUUUGACUUUGGCUGUAAAUACUGGAGACCAGUCAUUGGCGAUCAAGUACGCCUUUGCUGACUGCUCAUAUCAGAAUAGCACACGCUCGUUUUGUUUUGUUUUUAUCUAAUAGUGCAGAUAGCAAUCUGGAGCUGAUGCAAAAAGUAAAGUUUGUUCUUUUUGUUUCCUUUGUUUUUAACGAUCAUGUGAUAUUGCUGCCACAGCAUGUACUCCGAACACAAGCAAGAACAUUCAAGCAAAUUGGCACUGAGCUCGUACACAGAAGUGACUACCGUAUUUCACCAAAUAUAAAUCGCACCCUUUUACACUAACAUUCAAGGGUAAAAAUUUAAAAAAAGGGGGUGCGACCUACAAUCAAGCGUGACUUACUACUGAAGUCAAUAUAAUAUUAUAUUGACUUCAGUAAAUAAUAUCAAAUCAUUAUCGCCUUCUUAGUAUUUGACCCCACUAAUUUCCCUGAUACCUAAGCGGUCAAAUAUAUCGCGUAUUUGACUGCUUAGUCAAAUACGCGAUAUAUUUGACUACUUAUAUUUGACUCCUUAGAACUUCUUGGACUUAGAAAUUUUCUCUCCAACUUAGAAAAAGAAAUUUUUGAAGAAAGCAGAAAUACACAAGAUGGGAUUAGAACCCACAACCUUGUGAAUCUCAGUCACUCUUCCUUACCACCCAGCCACUGUGCUACCGAUGCUGAAUCUAGUUUAAACAA